AUGGAAGCACCGAGUGACACCUUCGCUGCCCAGAGACUUUCGGUUCAACUCGUCACCGACAACGGUCCGCAGUUUACCUCAUUCGUUUUCACAGAAUUCUUGAAUCAUCUUGGCAUCAAGCAUAUCCUAACGCCGCCUUAUCACCGCAAAUCUAACGGGCAGGCAGAGAAUCUCGUCCGCUCGUUUAAGCACUUUCUUCGUCGGCAGAAGGGAGGGAGGAACCAGGCAACGGGAGUUAACCACUUCUUGCUGAAGUACAGGGUAACACCGCACGCCACAACUGAACAGCCGCCAUGCGAGCUGCUCAACAAAAGACACUUCCGCACAGUACUCGACCUCCUUCGCCCAAACCAUCCGAAUACUUCAACUACAGCGAGGGAUCGGCAAAAGCGUAAAUACGAUUCUCACACACGGAACAGACGCUUUGCGGAUCGUGACGAGGUUUGGGUUAAGGACAAGACACAAAGGAAUCACUAG